AUUCAUAAUUAAAUUUAAUUCUCUAUGGGCUAAUAUUUCAAUGUCCUUAAAAUGAAUAGAUCGGUCAGGAUUUUUCUAUUUAAGUUAUUCUUCAGAUCAAAGAAAAAUUUCUGAAGAAUUGACUAUCCAAUCAAAAGUUGCACAUGCUCUAUUAAGUGGAAGGAAAAAAUGUCCUAUUAACUCUAAAAAGACUUUCAUUUGUAUUAAAAAACAAACAUUCCCACAUCUCAUUAGCCUAAAAAUAACCUAGAAAGAAUUCCUGUCAUUAUUCAUUAACUUAUGUUCAGUUAAAUCAGAAGUAGAAUGCAGAAUAGUGUUUUGUGUAAUGAUUCUAAAAUAAUAAAAUUGCCAGGUUGAAAGUGAUGUGAAAUUACUAGGAACUUGCACUUUGGGGGAGACAUUUUAAAUUUAUAGCAAGUUCUUUGACUAGUUGGAAAAAGUAUAAAAAAUUUUUAGAUAUAUUUGGCAAAAAGGUAUUUGGAUAGCUAUUGACCUUAUUGUUCUUUGAAAACACUAGGUUUAUAAAUACACUGGUAUUUCACAUGGAAGCAAAGGAAGCAACUAGUUACAGUCCAGUAAAUAUUUCAUUAGUUAUAGCGCAGUAAAUAUUGCCAAAUACAAAAAUUUAUAGAAUUCCAAAUAUUGUUGCCCCUGAGUCUUGUCUGUUAAUCAUUAUAUUGUUACUGCAUUUCUUAGGAACAUCCUCACCUCCACUAUGGCUUGAGUUAAAAAACAUUUUUGAAUAGGAAAAUGUGUCUAUGCUUAUUUUUGUUCUGUGUUUCUUGCUAUUUAAAAAUAAGUUGAAAAGAAUUUUGAACUAAUAUUUUAUGUUAAGAUGAAUGAAAUUCCUUCCAGUUAUCUUACAGAUUUUAAUUAUAGUUAAAAUUAUUGCAUUAAGGUCAGAAAAGAGUAUGUCUCAAAUAUUUUAUGGUAAUAUACGUUACUUCAGGAACAAUAGUUUCCAAAGAAUCUUUAAUACAUUUUCUAUAUGACGCAUGUACUUUAAUAGUAGUCUGCCUCUUAGAUUUUUCACUUUUACUUUCAGUUUAUUUCUGAAAACCCUAAAAAAUUUUUUCACAGUUACUGAAAUUCAGAAUUGCAGACCUCAAGUAGGAAGGGACAUCUUUGGAGGAAAAAAAGGUGUAUUACAAAGGCAAAAGGAAGUAGAUGGCUAUAUAAUUAUACUGUUAACUUAGAUCAUAUAGAGAAUCUAAAUUAGACCCAAUUCAAGUUUUAACUAUAUCUGUUUCAGGCCUAAUAUAAAAAAAACCUAAUAGUCUGUGCUUUCCACAUUUUGUUUCUAACCUUAACAAAAACCCAGCCAGAAAUAUAAUUGAUGAAGAAAGUAUUCAUUACGUGAGAACUUUCCUGAGAUUUACUUCAUAUGUAAUUUACACACAAUUACGAUUAUAUCUCUGGUUGGCUAAUAUGCCUAGUUUUAAUAGUUUGAUAAAUAUAUGCAUUUGAUAGAAAAAUUUGUUUCCUGAUUGUGAAGCACCUCAUGCAAAUCCGUUUCAAAUGUUCCUUUUCUGCUUUUUAUUUUGGUCAUUUAGGGCAUCUGAGUUACAAAACACUGUAGCUUAUGACUGUGUACAGCUUCAUGGAGGUUGGGGAUACAUGUGGGAGUACCCAAUUGCCAAGUUUCCAGUAAUUAUCUGGUGGAUUCGCCAUGACCCCAGCUCUGAGGGAGGCAGCAACAAAGGGUAUCUGCUUUUCAUCUUUACCAAGUACCAUGGAGUCUGACAAGAUGCUAUGCAUGGAGAGUCCAAGAACUGUAGAUGAAAAACUAAAGGGAGACACUUUCUCUCAGAUGCUGGGAUUUCCAACUCCCGAACCUACUCUUAACACUAAUUUUGUGAAUUUAAAACAUUUUGGCUCUCCUCAGUCUUCAAAACAUUAUCAGACAGUUCUUUUAAUGACUUCUAAUUCUACAUUAAAUAAAUACAAUGAGAAUUAUAAACAAAAGAAAUUAGGGGAGCCCAAUUGCAAUAAACUGAAAAACAUACUGUGUAAUGGCAGCAACAUUCAGCUCACUAAAAUCUGUCAUUCUCAUUCUGAAGAGUUCAUCAAAAAGGAAUCUCUGUCAGAUACCACAAGCCAGUGCAUGACAGAUGUAAAAAUUAUUUUGGAUUCAAAUAUAACCAAAGACAUUAAUAUAGAUAAAGUACAACUACAAAAUUGUAAAUGGUACCAAAAGAAUGCACUUUUGGAUACAGUUACUGAUGCUGAGAGUAAAAAGGGUUUGUUGCACUGCGCUCAAAAGAAAAUGGGGCCUGGCCAUUCUGAUGCGCUUAUUAGUUCUUCAGCUGCUGUAAAAGAGGAGGAAGUGAAUGCUCGUUUACUUCAUUGUAUAAGCAAACAGAAAAUUUUACUUCGCCAGGCUAGAAGAACUCAGAAACAUUUGCAAAUGUGCCUGGCAAAGCAUGUUGUUAAACACUAUGAUCAGCAAAUGAAAUUUUCUAUGAAACAUCAACUCCCUAAAAUGAAGAUCUUUCAUGAACCUACCACAAUUUUGGAUAACAGUUUACCUAAAUGCACUGAAAUUAAGCCAGACAUCAACUUAUUGACUGCAGAGAAAUUGUGGAAUGAUGCAAAAAAUGGCUUUGCACGGUAUACAGCUGCAGAAAUACAAAGAUUUGCACUGUCUGCUACAGGGCUGUUGUCUCAUGUUGAAGAGGGUCUGGAUUCUGAUGCAACUGAUAGCAGCUCUGAUGAUGAUUUGGAUGAAUAUACCAUUAGAAAAAAUGUGGCAGUUAACUGUAGUACUGAAUGGAAGUGGCUUUUAGACAGAGCAAGAGUUGGCAGCCGAUGGACGUGGCUUCAAGCCCAGAUUUCAGAGCUAGAAUACAAAAUCCAGCAACUAACGGAUGUUCAUAGGCAGAUUCGUGCCUCCAAGGGGAUAGUGAUCCUUGAAGAAUGUCAACUUCCAAAAGACAUUUUGAAAAAACAAAUAAAAUUUGCAGACCAAGCAACUUCAUUAAACACUACAAGGAAUCUUCAGAUUCCCCAAGAGAGUCAAGAUCCUUUACCAGAACAAGAUUUUGAAAUGUCACCAAGUAGCCCUACACUACUUCUUCGUAACAUAGAAAAACAGAGUGCACAGCUGACUGAGAUCAUCAACAGUUUGAUUGCCCCUCUCAACUUGUCCCCAACUUCAUCACCCCUCUCCUCCAAAUCCUGUAGCCAUAAAUCUCUGGCUAAUGGAAUUUCCAGGAGUGCAUCAGAGAAUUUAGAUGAGCUCUCUUCCUCCGGUAGCUGGUUACUUAACCAGAAGCACAGUAAGAAAAGGAGAAAAGACAGGACAAGAUUGAAAUCUCCAUCCUUGACUAUCAUGAGUACAGCGGCUCGAACAAGGCCACUUCAGAGUUUCCACAAACGAAAACUCUACAGAUUGAGCCCUACUUUUUAUUGGACUCCAAAGACUUUGCCUUCAAAGGAAACAGUGUUUUUAAAUACUACACAAAAGCCUUGCCUGCAGUCAACUUCAGCGUGGAGUAGCUGUGAACACAAUUCAAAGUCUCAGAUAUUAAGAGAACAUGUAUCAGAGUUAGAUUCUUCUUUUCAUUCUGUUCUGUCAUUGCCAUCAGAUGUGCCUCUCCAUUUUCACUUUGAAACAUUGUUAAAAAAGACUGAAAUAAAAGGAGAUCUUGCUGAAAAUAAAUUUCUGGGAGACUGUAUCAUAUCUCCAUCAUCUGUACAUAAGACUUCUCUGAGUCAGUGGAGAAAUGGAUAUUCUCCUACAUGCAAGCCUCAAAUAAGGUCAGAAUCUUCUGCACAGCUGUUACAGGGAAGAAAGAAAAGACACUUGAGUGAAACAGCAUUAGGAGAAAGAACUAGAUUUGAAGAAUUUGCUUUUCAGCACACAGAAUCAGGACCUCAUAGGAAUUUUACUGCUGUUACUAAUGUCAAUGUUAUAUCAAGAACCCAGAAUUCAUCAUCACAGGUAGGUUUUUUGUAUACUGAACUCUAUAAAACUGCUUUAUAUUAUGACAUAGAUAAUAUUGUGAUUCCCAUGUCAUUAGUGGCCCCAGCUAAGUUAGAGAAACUCCAGUAUAAGGAAAUACUUACUCCAAGCUGGAGGAUGGUUGUUCUUCAGCCUUUGGAUGAAUAUAAUAUAGGUGAAGAGGAGAUAGAAGAUCUUUCUGAUGAAGUCUUUUCCUUACGACACAAAAAAUAUGAAGCAAGAGAACAAGCCAGAUGGUCACUAUGGGAGCAAAGCAAGUGGCACAGAAGAAACAGCAGAGCUUACAGUAAAAAUGCUGAAGGACAGGACCUGCUUGUGAAGGAAUACCCUAAUGACUUUAGCGGUGGUCAGCACUGUGCUGCUGUAAGUCUUCAGAGCCAAGAUCUGAGUGCACACGGUUCACCUUCAUUAAAUGAAAGUCAAGAAAUCAAGUCUCUGUGGUGGGAACGACGGACUUUUCCAUUGAAGGAUGAACACACAGAAGCCUUAUUAGGCCAAAAUGAAAAAAACAAUCAGACUGAAAGAUCAAGCCCAGCUUUCAAUGGUGAAAUCUUCUGUACCAAUGUACCAGAUAACAGCCGCCAUCCAAAAAGGCAGGCAGAUGGAAUGGAAGAAUACAAAACCUUUGCUCUAGGACUUACUCAUGAUAAAAAAAACAGGUGACAGGAAACAGGUUAAGAAAACUGUGUAAUUGAAUGGAAAAGAGGAGAAAAAAUAAGCCCUGUUCUCCAACUCCCAAUCCCUCCAGUCACAAUUCCAGAGUUAAGAGCAUGUACUGCACGUAUUAAUCUUUUAUGCGAUUUAUGCAACAGGCAAGGUAUGUCUUUUUCCUUCUUGAACCACAGGGGUUAACUACCUAGCUUUUCACUUACAGACAAGUGCUAGUCAUUUGUUUAUGAUGCAAAUCACAAGCACCAAAAAAUUAACUGCUGCAAUUUGAUUUCAAAUCAUAUUACUGGGUAAAUAAUUUUUAAGAUUUUUACACCCAUGCAUAUAUACAUACAUAUACACACACACACGCACACACACACGCAUAGUUUAAAAAAAAACUGUAGUGACCACUCCACUUAAAAAUGCAUGUAUGAACUACCCCCAUGAAAUGUAAGCUGCAUUACAAAUACAGAAGCACAGGUUUCCAAUGAUAAUGGACACCUAAAGGCUUGACUAUGGAGAGGGAAGUUUUUAAAAAACAUGUUUAACCAAUAGAAGUUAUUUAUGGAAAUUUCUAUACCAGAUAACACAAUAUUCCUUUAUUUGAAUCACUGAUAUCUGUUGGACUAAACAUAGGUUAUUUUCUAUGCACUCCUAAUAGAAUAAGAAGCAAAGUAGAAUUAAAUGUUGGUGUUUUCUAAAACUCACAAUUUUUAAACUCAACUUGAGUUUUUAUCUAUUUUAUGUAUCUCAUGGAGAGAGAAGACAUCAACUUAAAAUGAACAACAGGAAAAGUCCUGUCAGUAUAAAAAAUAUUGUUGUAUUUCUAGUUAAUUUGGUCAUUCCUUACCAUAGCUUAUUCUACUCAAAUAAGCAUCUUCUUACUUGUAUCCUAGAAUGAGAAUUAAAACUUUUCAAAGGAUAAUUCUUCAAUAUUGGAUACUGGAGUGUACAUUAAGGAAAAUUCCUUUUGAAGCUAUUACAUUAUUUUUUUUUCUAUGGAAAAGUUGAGGACAAUUUAUAUGAAUCGCUUUUUCUCAUGUAAAAAAGGUUAUUCAAGUUGUAGGACCCACGUUAACUGACAAUCCUGGCAUCUGGCCUAGCCUCGGGAUGACAUUAAAUUUUUGUUAGGGAUUGGAAAUUAUGCUAGUCCCUUUAGAGAAGGAAAAAAAUUCAAAUUCAAUACUGACAAAUUUUUGCUUGUAGUUUUACUGUACAUUUAUUUUUUUAAAAAGAAAACAAAAGCCAGACAAACCCAAGUUGUCCAGGCAAAUAAACUCAAAUCUUUCUGUCA